AACGGUGGGGGCGUGUCUCCAGGCAGCUCCGCGUGUAGUUGCCGGAGAAACGCGGGAAGUCCGGCCUGGGCUGUUACAUUCUUUGCAAAGGUGGUUUCUAUAUUUUCCCCAGCGAGCUGCGGGCCCGUCUGCGGGCCCAGAACGUGAGCCUGCCUUGCUCUCUGCCGCGACGCCAUGGAGGUGGUGGAGGCCGCCGCGGCUCAGCUGGAAACUCUGAAAUUCAAUGUCACCGGCGCUGGGGCUGAUCAAGGUCAGGCGGAGCAGUCUCCCCGCUCCGUAACGGACGCGGCACCGAGGCCCCCGUCGCCGUCGGAUGCGGACACCCCCGGUGCUGGGCAGGCCGCGGAGGCUCAGCCCGUGGCAGUUGCGGAGCCCGCACCCGGCGGGAACUGCGUCACUGGCCCCGGCGCCACAGGGCUGGUGGCGACCCCGGACUUAGGAACCUCGGACUCGGACUCGGACAGUGAAACAGAUUCAGAUAGCUCAAGCUCCUCUUCUUCUUCCUCAUCUUCCUCAUCCUCUCAUAUAUCCCUUCCUUCCGUGCCGUCAGAUGGAGAAGAGGAUUUGCAAGUUGAGAAGGAAAAUAAGAAUUUUCCCCUGAAAACCAAAGAUGAGUUACUUCUUAAUGAACUACCUUCUGUUGAAGAGCUCACUAUUAUUUUGCCAGAAGAUAUUGAAUUAAAACCUCUCGGGAUGGUUUCAAGUAUUAUUGAACAAUUAGUAAUAAUUGAAUCAGUUACUAAUGUCCGUCCAGUUAAUGAGGAGACAGUGAUUUUUAAAAGUGAUCGACAAGCAGCAGGAAAGAUAUUUGAGAUAUUUGGACCUGUCGCACAUCCAUUUUAUGUGUUACGGUUCAAUUCUGCAGAGCACAUUGAGAAUAAAGGUAUUAAAAUAAGUGACACUAUGUUUUUUGCUCCAUCAAUGAAAGACUUCACUCAGUAUAUAUUCACGGAAAGACUUAAUCAGGAAAAGGGGUCAGAUGCUUCAUGGAAGAAUGAUCAGGAACCACCACCAGAUGCUUUAGAUUUUAGUGAUGAUGAAAAAGAAAAAGAAGCCAAACAGAAGAAGAAAUCUCAGGGUCAGGGGCGGAAAAAACUCAAGCCACAUUUCAGUGAACCAGGUGCAGAUUUUGCAGAAGUCCAUCAAAACUGGAAUGCUCAGGGCUCCAUGUCAGAACAUUCAAGAGGAUUUCGCAACAGAGACUUCACUCCGGGGGGUUCCUGGUGUAGAUACCCUCGGCCUCACCAGGGCAGGCCCCCACCCCCACCCCCACCUCCACAGUUUUAUAACCCAGGACAUAUGGCACCGCAUGACACUUUGGGAUAUCCACCACCCAGACAAGAUAAUCCUUUCCUGCCACAGUAUCCCUUUCCUCCUCCAGUGUAUGACAUGCAUGGCUUUUCACUCCCCCCUCCCCCUCCUCCCCCUCCUCCCCCCCCACCUGCAAAUAUGGGCUGGGCUGCACCAAACAUGGCGCCUCAUCUGUUGUUCUCACCCUACUCCUUACCCCCUCCUCCUCCCCCCCCACCACCGCCUCCGCCCUCUUCUUCUGGAGAUAGUAGUUCUCAUUUUGGGUCUUACUACUAGGUGAAUGUAUAUAUUUCUAGAGAAAUGUAGACUUUUUAUAUUAUAUGGAAGAGAUCUUUUUUUUUUUUAAAGUUAUGGAGCUAGAUUUCAAAACUCACAAAGUACUAGAUUCCUCUAGAUGUAAGUUGAUAUAUAUAUAUGUAUCUUUGUAAACUUUGUGGAGUUGUAUUUAUAUGAAAGUUUCACUUCAGAUACUUGGGGAAAUUCAAUUAUGUAGUACUUUAAGCUUCAGGUUGAUGCUUUCCCCAUCUUUACUCAGUUGAAUGAGUGUGUGUGUGUGUGUGUGUGUGUGUGUGUGUGUGUGUGUGUGAAUAUGAUAAUCUUGAGCAACUUCCUUCCAUCAUGGGUUAAAAUAUACUGAGUACACAGAUUACUUGGUAUAUCUAGACAUAUCUUAAAGUUUUAGGAAAUCUUUAAACUAGGGGCCAGGAGGUGGCUCACUUGGUUAAGCACACACAUUACAGUGUUCAAACACCCAGGUUCAAGCUCCUGAUCCCCGCCUGCAGGGGAAAGGUUUCAUGAGUGGUGAAGCAGAGCUGCAGAUGUCUCUGUCUUCCCUACUCUUGAUUUCUCUCUGUCUCUAUUCAAUAAUAAAUAAAGAUAUUUAAAUACAUAUGAAAAAAGAAUCUUUAAAAUAAACUAUUUUUAUGAACUUAUACUUUGUAAAUUUAUUUUGAUCAUAAUUGUGAUUUAUCUUAAAUGUCCUAAUUUUUUAAAUAAGUGUGAGGUAUAGAGAGGGAGAGCCUUACAUACUGGAAGAAACUGAUUAACUGAAGAUGAUAUUUACUGGUUAUACAUAGAUAAACUUUCCAUUAACAAUUCAGGUUUCCAUUAUUUGGGCACUACUCAGUAGACUAAUAUUUAACCAUUUAAAGGGAUAUAAGAACAGUUUACAGCGUCAUUCACAAUAAAAUGUAUUUCACUCCAUUAUUUGGAGACUUUUUCAUACCAUUUAUAUUCCCACAUGUCUGGCACCGAUUGGGUGCUUCAGAAAUAUUUGUUGAAUGACUAACUGAAGUUAAAGUUAUUCAUUCAAAUGGCUAGUAAGUAUUUUACAUUACAGGAACUUUCAGAAUUUUAAAUAGAAGAGGCUGUAAAAACAGUCUAAAGCUAGUCAUUUAAUAGAUACAGAGAAACCAUUUAAUGAGAUUGCAAGGAGUUGCGCUUAGUUCUCUUAAGAUCACUAUCCUCUUGCUAAACAGAUGUUCUCUUAUCUUUUACUUCUUGAUGUUCCUAGAAAAGAAUAAUUGCAUGUUGCAGAAAUCUGCAGAUCAUAAGCUUCUUACCCUUUCCCCCUUUUUUUUUUUCUUUCAAUGAUUUGUCAGAACUAGUGAAUCACUCUGGCAUAUGUGAUGCUGGGCUUCAAACUUGAGACCUCCCGCUAGAAAGUGACAUUCUAGCCAUUACACCACCUCCUGGGCCAUAAUUCAGUACAUUACGUUUUGUUAUAAUAAGGUAUUGGCAUCCUCAUGGCCAAAUGUGGAUUAUGUCUUUGCAAGUUUAUAGUAGUAGAUGUUGUGAAAUUUUAUCCUUCUGCCCCCAAGAUAAUGUCUUCUUUUAAAUAAAAAUAAUUAACUUCAUACAUUCCUGGAGGAGAGAUUGGCUGGUCCGUGGUAGUCAGAGAGCUUGUCUAUUUAGUAGAUAACAAAGAACUGGCUUGAGAUUUUUGUGGUGAAUUGGAAAAGAAUGUGGAGCUUUAGAAAUUACCAAAGGCCAGUUUUUCAUAAGCUCAGAUAUAUUCGUCACUUUGAUUCUUAAUAUUUCUUUCAAUUGUCAUGGGAAGGAAGGGGGCUGUGUGCUGAGGUCUGCAUUGAUUUGGGUCAGUGGAAAAUACAGAAUGCUCUCCUUAUUUUCCUACCUACUUAUUUAUUUAUUUAUUUAACUUCCCACCUUCAGCUCCCACCCUUGUGUGCUAUCUUUGGUUUUGAUUAUUUAGAGUUGAUGAACGCUAAGCAUAUUUUUAAAAUGCAAGAUAUUUUGUAAGAAUUGAAUGGGAUCUGAAUUUCACUCUAUCAAGCUACUUUAUAAAUAGAAAAUGUUAUUUUUAAAUCACCAGGUGUUGGGCAUAGUCACAACCCAGGUUCUAGCUUGACUUCUACCUCACUGGAGGAAUCUUCUAUACUGUGAUUGUUCAGAGUGGUGAAGCCUGGUGACAAAAAAGAUUCUCAAGUGCUAAAAUUACAUACACACACACACACACACACACACACACAUGUAUGUAUACAUAAGAAUGAUAGGAUUUAAGAUAAUGCAUUAUUUCACAUAUAUCAGCAGUAAUGUUUGGAACUUUCACUUACUAUUAGAAAUUUAUAAUAUAGGGAGUCGGGCGGUAGCGCAGCGAGUUAAGUGCAGGUGGCGCUAAGCACAAGGACCAGCGGAAGGAUCCCGGUUCGAGCCCCCGGCUCCCCACCUGCAGGGGAGUCACUUCACAGGCGGUGAAGCAGGUCUGCAGGUGUCUGUCUUUCUCUCCCCCUCUCUGUCUUCCCCUCCUCUCUCAAUUUCUCUCUGUCCUAUCCAACAACAAUGACAUCAAUAAUAACUACAACAACAAAAGACAAGGGCAACAAAAGGAAUAAAUAAAUAAAAAGAAUAUAAUAAAAGAAAUUUAUAAUACAUUUUUAAUACAGUACAGUCAACUGGUAUUAGUGUUAGUUCUUUUCAAAGCAUCCUAUUAUUGUGUUAUAUUCUGUUGUGGGGAGAAAAAAAAAAACAUUCCUUGCUCCAGUGUCACAAGAGAACAUAAUUGAGCAAAAGACAUAAUUCCUUAUGUGUCUCCUAAUUUUUCCAAGAUAUAUGAAGUGAAGUACAACAAAUUCCUUACCUAGGAUAUAUUUUUUACAUGCCAGACUAUUUAGAAAUAAUUCUAUAAUUGCUAGGGAAAAUACUGUGUUUUAAAUACUCUAUUCUCUCUUCAAAGAAUUAACUAGACCAAUAUUUUGUAAAGUGAAUGUUUGUGUUCACCUGUGCACUCAUGAAUUCUUCCUUCUAACAUUUUAUAAUUGAUAUUUUUAAAAGAAUACAAUCUGGAAAAUAAAGAAUUGCGAUAUAAUGUUGCACCUAUGCUGUUAAGAUCUAAUACACUCAAGGUAUAAAAACAACGAAUGGGUGUUCUUUCUGUAGAUAAAUUGCCAUUAUUCCCAAAGUCUCUCUACUUCUCAUUCUGUGACCUGGUCUGAUCCUAAAUUUAUGUAGCAAUUAUGUCCCAGAAAACUAAGCAAACAUUUACUACUAGUGUGCCUGCAAUUGACGUAGAGAAAUAUCUUCAUACCAUUAUGCCAAAAUACCUGUUGAGCUACUAGUAGCAGUGAAAUGAAAUCUUAUUUUUUGUCUCUGUGUGCAUUCUGUGCCUAAGUGGUUAUCGUCUGUGGAUUAGACAUCAUGGAUAAUUACUUGGUGUUCUGAAAAGGAGGUACAAAUUUGGGUCUGAGAUGGUUAAUAAAAAAUAGUAAUGGAAAAGUGUCAAAAUUUUCUGCACAUCCAAUAAAGAAAGGAAGUGUG